UUUCUUCAUUUUAUUGAUUAGCUCUUAUUAUUUUUUACCCUUUUUUAGACUCAACCCUUAGUUCCUAUCCAUUUCCUUUUGAAGUUGCUUGUCUAGCUAGGAAUCUUUAAUGUAGGUUUUAUGUAGACCCUUUUCGUCCUAGGAAUCUAUUUUACACACUUUCAUUUUCUCAUCAAUAUAUUUUGACAAUUAUCUCACUUUUUUCGUUGAAAACUUUUUUUUUAAUCUACUUUUUCUAUGAACUUCCCACUUCUUUGCUUCUUCAAGCCUUAAGAAUUUGGUUAUAUUGCUUGCAAAUUAAGAUGGUGAGAGGGAAGACACAGAUGAAGCGUAUAGAGAACCCAAUAAGUAGACAAGUAACAUUUUCAAAGAGAAAAAAUGGUUUGAUGAAGAAAGCUUUUGAGUUAUCAGUUUUGUGUGAUGCUCAAGUUGCUCUUGUUGUUUUCUCACCAAGAGGAAGACUUUAUGAAUUUGCUAGCUCAAGCAUUCUAGAAACAAUUGAACGAUACCGCAGUCAUACAAGGAUUAAUAAUCCUCCAACAACAUCUGAUUCUGUUGAAAAUAAUCAGCAUUUGAAUGAAGAAGCAGAAAACAUGAUGAAAAAGAUUGAUCUUCUCGAGACUUCAAAACGGAAACUCUUAGGAGAAGAUUUGGGGUCUUGUUCAAUUAAUGAACUACAAAAGAUAGAGCAACAGUUGGAGAAGAGUAUAAAUAAAAUUCGAGCAAAAAAGACUCAGGUCUACAGGGAACAAAUAGAUCAGCUAAAAAAAAAGGAAAAAGCCCUACUCGCCGAAAAUACUAGUCUCUCUGAGAAGUGUGAUAGUUAUUCAUCACAGCAAGCAAAAAAAGAUGAUAGAGACAAUAUUGGUGAGGUUGAAGGUAUUACUGAUCAAAGUAGUCCAAAUUCAGAUGUGGAGACUGGAUUAUUCAUUGGUCUUCCAGAAACAAGAACGCGGCGAAUUUCUCCAAGUUGAGGAUUAACUAAUAUUUAAAAAGAGAUUUGUUAAAACUCAAACCACAUAUGAAAAAUUAUUUGUAUGAGUACGAUAAACUAAAAAAGAUUGAGAACAUUAAAACUUUAUUAAUAUUCAAAAAUAGCAUAUAAUUUGAGAUAAAUAUUUUUUGUUAUAAUGAUAUAAAAUUAAUAAAGAUGAAGUAAUAGUCUCAAACAUGUGUUAUAAAUGGUUAUGUUGUAUACUAUUGAUGCACUUAGAUUAGAAGUAAGGAUUUCCAAUUUAUAAGGAUGAAUUUCUUUUAUGUCUGCAAAAAAAAAUCCUCUUCUCUUUGCUUUUUUUACACCUCAAAUGCAGCACAAGAAAUCUUGUGGUAAUUGAGUGCUAGAGAUUUUGUAAUGGAUGGAUUUUUAAUGUGAUUACCACCUCUAGCUUUUUAUGAUGUUCUUUUAGAAAGUUCAGAAAAAAGAAAAAGGGUAAGAUCAUAGUUUUAAAUUGGUGUGGUUCUUAAUCAAUGUGUACCACUGUCUUGGAUUUGUUCUUUAAAAGUGUUUUCUUUUGCCUUCUAUAAUUCUUUAACAUGCUCUUGAAUCUAACAUUCUGAAAAAUCUAAGAACAACGAGAGCACUUUAAAAAUUAUGUUGUAGGUAGAAAAAUUAAUAUGCUUUUGAAGAAAAUUGUUUUUAA